AUGGGUCUAUGGCCUCAUCCAGAGGUCCCCCUCGGCGCGGCCGCUUGUCCUCACCCGUCCCUCGGCAACCUCGUUCUCGGGCCGCACAGAGGCUGCCUACGAGAUUCUCGCGGGCCGUACGCGGAUACGCGCCUACAUCUCUACGUUUCUCUCCUACCUUGCGCGAUUGGCGUCGUCUUGGGCCUGUUCCGUCUAUGGCAUCUGUGGAAGAAGCCACUCGUGACUCGGUGGUCAAAUUGGGCGACGCUCAAGAUCAUCCUCUGGUGCCUCCUCGCAGCGAUAGAUCUCUCCAUCUCCGUUCUAUCCAUCAUUAGAGGAGCCUGGAACACCGCUGAGGUUGUAAUUGUCGCCGCAACCGCAGCUCUCACCUUCUCAUUCAACACCGUCUUCAUAUUCCUCUCCAAAACAGAACACAGCAAAUCCCGCGCCCCUUCGGCCAUCCUGCAGUCUCUCCUCCUCUUCACAAUCAUCUUCGAUGCGUUCCGCGUGGGUAAUCUAUGGCUCGACCGGUAUCACGGGAGCCUGGCCAUCGCUUCACUCCUAACAGCCCACUUAGCCGUGAAGCUCAUCCUCUUGAUGACUGAAUCCGCAACCAAGUCCGUCUACCUCACCAUCCCAGCAACCCAACAAUCCAAAGAAGAGCUCUCGGGCAUUUUCGGCAGGGGCCUCUGCCUCUGGAUCAACCCCCUCUUGCGGCUGGGCUGGAAGAAGGAUUUGACGCUCGACGAUCUCGAGCCGGUUGACGACGCGCUGUCGGGCGAGCGGGUACUAGAGAAGCUCUCUGCGGCGUGGGACGAAUCAGACCAAACCAAAGACCACGCCCUCGCCGUCGCCGUGGUGAAGGCAUUCGCGCCAGAACUCUUCUUCAUCCACUUCCCACGCCUAGCAAAAGUAGGCUUCGCCCUGGCCCAGCCGAUCUUGGUACGAGUCACCAUCGAAUACGUCCAAGAUGGCAACAAAAGACCGGUGGAGGACGGAUACCGGCUCAUCGCCGCAUUCGCCCUCGUCUACACCGGCGUCGCGAUAUCCACCUACUUAUCAGGCCAGCUCGCGUACCGCCUCAUAACGCGCAUCAGGGGCUCCCUCAUCGCGGUAAUCUACCAGCACAUGCUCGCCCUGCGCCCGGAGGCGGCUAACUCCCAGGCGGCGGUCGCGCUGAUGAGUACCGAGGUGGAACGCAUCACGGUCGCCGCCGAGUGGUCCGUGGCCAUCGUCCCGAACCUGAUUCAAGUCGUCCUGGCGCUGUGGAUUUUGGGGAACCAGCUCGGCGCGGUGUGCGUCGCUCCCGUCCUCAUCGCAGUCUUGAGCGUCUCCGGCGCGAUCAAGCUCGGCAGACUCAUCCCGCCGCGCCAGCGCCGCUGGAUGCAGGCCAUACAGAGACGCGUGGGCAUCACCACCGAGAUCAUCCGCUCCAUCAGGGGCGUCAAGGCGAGCGGGCUGAGCGGCACCGCGCGGGACCAGAUCCAGGGCCUGCGGGACUUUGAGCUGGAGGAGUCCAAGAGGUUCAGGAGGGUGCAGAUUUCCAACGUACUCGUCGGCCAGUUCCCCUCGAUCAUGACGCCCGCCAUCACCCUCGCAGCCUUCGCAGUAACCCAACACCUCGCCGACGGACGGCCCCUCGACGUCGUGCGGGCCUUCACAUCUCUGAGUCUCCUAGGCAUCCUAAUCAACCCCGUCUCGGAACUCGUCAUGAUCCCGAAUAACCUCGGCUCCUCCAUCGGCUGCCUCGACCGGAUCCAGGAGUUCCUGGUCAAAGAGAAGAGACACGACUACCGCGACGUCAAACGCGCGCAAACCCAAGACCCAAACGCCACGGUACACCCACCAACCAACCCCGAACCUCUCAUCAAAGUCUCCAACGGCUCUUUCGGCUGGACCGCCACCCACCCAAUCCUCCACUCCAUCACCCUCGAAAUCCACCACUCAACGCUCACGAUCCUCACCGGUCCCGUCGGCUCGGGCAAGUCCACGCUGCUCAAGGCCCUCGUGGGCGAGACGCGCCGCGUCGCAGGGGUCGUCGAGUAUCGCACCGCGCCCGAGGUGGCGUACUGCGACCAGGACCCCUGGAUCCUGAACCAGAGUAUCAGGGAGAACAUCGUCGGCGGCGCGGAGUUCGUGUCGGAGCUGUAUGAGCGGGUCGUGCGCGCGUGUCAGCUUGAGGAGGAUUUCGGGUUGAUGCCGCGGGGCGACGAGACGGUUGUCGGGAGUUCCGGGGCGGCGUUGAGUGGUGGGCAGAAGCAUCGCAUCGCCUUGGCGAGAGCCGUGUACAGCGGUAAGCAAAUCGUCAUCAUGGACGAUAACCUCAAGGGCCUCGACUCCAGAACGGCAUCGCGGUGCUUCGACGCGCUCUUCGGGUCUAGUGGUCUGCUACGCGAACAGAAGAGAUCCGUCAUCUUCGCCACCCACAACGGUGCGAACCUCCCCCUCCUUCCUCCCACCGCAGCUUUUCUGACUUUUGUACCUCCAGCCCAAUGGCUUCCCUCAGCAGACCAAAUCAUCUCCCUCAACGCCGAGGGCAGGGUAUCCGAAAGAGGCACCUACGACGAACUACUCAAAGCCGGGGGCUACGUCAGCAAACUCCGCGUGGCCCAGCAAAACCUCCCGGAGACCGACGCGCCCUCGCAAAAGGAGCGAGACACGAACGAACACGUUUCGACGAAGAGUAAGCCCGUCGUUAGUGACGAAGUCAAGGCGAAGAAGAGGGGGGCCGCGAAUACCGGCUCGUUGUUGUAUUACAUCCGGUCCAUGGGCGCGCGGCCGUUUCUUCUGUUUGCGGGGAUGGUGGUUUUUCACAUGGGGUGCCGGACGAUGCAGCGUCUCUGGGUCAAGUUCUGGGUCGCGGCGAACGAGGACGGCGGGGAGCCGAGGCUCGGGUUGUGGGUUGGGGUGUACGUUCUCUGGGGCGUUUUGACGGAGGUUUCGCUCGCGAUUGAGACGUAUUAUUUCCUCGUCGUCAUCGUUCCGCACUCCGCCAAGGGGCUUCACUUUGGCGUGCUCAAGGCCGCGUUGGCGGCGCCCAUGUCUUUCUUCGUCAAGACGGACACAGGCGUCAUCAUCAACCGCUUCAGCCAAGACAUGAACCUCAUCGACCUCCCCCUCCCGCUCGCCUUCAUGUUAACAUUCGACUACAUCUUCCUCGCAACAGCAGAACUAACCCUAACCUGCCUCGCAACAGGCUACCUCGCCCUCGCCAUCCCCCCUCUCGCCCUCCUCCUCCACCUCAUCCAACGCGUCUACCUCCAAACGUCCCGCCAAAUCCGCCUCCUCGACCUCGAGGCCAAGUCCCCCAUCUUCUCGCACUUCCUCUCCACGUCCUCCGGCCUCGUGACCAUCCGCGCCCUCGCCUACACGCGCAGCGCACAAGCCGAGAACCUCGCGCGGCUGGACGCCUCGCAGAAGGCCUUCUACGCCAUGGGCAGCCUGCAGAAGUGGCUCCUCCUCGUGCUCGAGCUCACGGUCGCGGGGCUCGCGGUGCUGCUCGUGAGUUCGGCCGUCGCGCUGCGGGAGGACAUCGACCCGGGACUGCUGGGCGUGGCGCUGGUCAGCGUGAUGGGCUUCGGGCAGCUCUUGACGCUGCUGUUGAAGUACUGGGCGGACCUGGAGACGAGUCUGGGCGCGGUGGCGAGGAUUCGGGAGUUCGAGACGGAGACGCCCGCCGAGACAAGUGGCGACGGGGAGGGUCCGCAGGGCGGGUGGUUUUCUCAGGGGGGGAUUCGUGUUAGUGAUGUGUCCGCCGCUUACGACGACCACCAGGUCCUGCGGGACGUGAACUUGGAUAUCCGGCCGGGGGAGAAGGUCGCCGUGUGCGGGCGCACGGGGAGCGGGAAGUCGACACUCCUCUCGCUCCUCCUGCGCCUUCACGAGCCAUCAGCGGGGACGAUCGAGGUGGACGGCGUGGAUAUAUCGGCGGUACCCGUCGACGCGCUGCGCGAAGCCCUAGUCGCGCUGCCGCAGGAUCCGCUGUUCCUCCCGGGCACGGUGCGACGGAACCUCGACCCGCUCUCCGUCCGCGACGACGCGGCUAUAUCAGGCGCAUUGGAGAAGACGGGGCUCUGGGGGCUGAUCGAGGACAAGGGCGGUUUGGGGGUGGAACUGGAGACGGAGUGGUUGAGCGCGGGGCAGAAGCAGCUGUUCUGCGUGGCGAGGGCGAUGUUGAGGCGGAGCCGGGUGUUGUUGCUCGACGAGGCGACGAGCAGCUUGGACCAGGCGACGGAGCAGACUGUGCAGGAUCUCAUACGGACGAGCUUCGAGGGGUGGACUGUGAUUGUGAUUGCGCAUCGGCUGCGGGCGGUUGUUGAUUUUGAUAAAGUUGUGACGUUGCAGGAUGGGCGGGUUGUGGAGUUUGAUCAUCCGAGGACGUUGAUGGAGCGUGGCGGGGUGUUUGCGUCGUUGUUGAAGCUUCAGGAGGGGUGA